GUGGCCCGAGGCCGCCCGCUGGCCAUGAUCGACUCGGCGAAGCUGCGCCGCGACGGCGCGGCCGACUUCUUCUCGCACUACGAGUACCUGUGCGCGCUGCAGGACUCGGUGCCCCCGCCCGCGGUGCGCGCCUGCCUGCGGGAGGGCGUGCUGGACUUCAACGCCGACCGCCUGCGCGGCGUGGACUGGGCGCCGCUGCUGAGCGCGCUCAGGAUUAGUAAGGAUCUGCCCCUGGUCUCCAUCAAGAGCUGCUUCCAGCCGUGGCUUGGCGAAACAGGCUCUGACCGAAGUAAAGUUUGCAGAAGUCGCGUUCCUGCAAUAAGAAACAAAGAUGUGACCUUCCAGUUAUGUAAAGCUCUCAAAUGUUGUUUAAGUGCCUCAAGUGCUCUAAAGAACCUGGAGCUAAAUGGACUAGUGCUAAGAGAGAGAGAUUUAACUGUUUUGACAAAGGGAUUGAAUAAAUCGACUUCUUUGGUACACCUGUCCCUUGCAAAUUGUCCAAUUGGAGAUGGAGGUUUAGAAAUUAUUUGUCAAGGUAUAAAGAACUCUAUCACUCUUAAGACAGUAAACUUCACGGGGUGUAAUCUGACAUGGCAGGGAGCAGAUCACAUGGCCAAGAUCUUAAAGUAUCAGACCAUGAGAAGGCACGAAGAAAUCUGGGCUGAGAGUCUUCGUUACAGGAGACCUGAUCUGGACUGUAUGGCUGGUUUGAGGCGCAUUACUUUGAAUUGCAACACACUCAUUGGUGACCUUGGUGCAAGUGCUUUUGCAGAAUCUCUCAGUGAGGAUUUAUGGCUUAGAGCACUUGACCUGCAGCAGUGUGGCCUCACCAAUGAAGGAGCAAAGGCUUUACUAAGGACCCUUGAAACCAAUAGAACGCUGGUCAUUCUGGAUAUAAGAAAAAACCCACUCGUUGAUCAUUCUGUGAUGAAAGCAGUUAUCAAAAAAGUUCUCCAGAAUGGAAGGAGUGCCAAGUCAGAGUACCAGUGGAUAACCUCUCCAUCAGUAAAGGAGCCAUUCAAAAAUGCUAGACAGAAAAAGAGAACUAUAAUUUUGGGAAGUGGUCGGAAAGGGAAGGCUACUAUUCGAAUUGGAGUGACCACAAAGAAACCUGUAAGUAAUGGAAGAAUACACUCCCUUGGUAAAGAAUAUUAUGCUCCUGAACCUCUCCCUCCUGGCGUGUCUGGUUACCUGCCUUGGCGCACAGCGGAACGUGCAAACAGGAGCAGGGGUUUUCCAUUAAUCAAAACUCGUGAUGUAUAUAAUCAUAUGCAGCAAUCAGAUUUUCCUGUUACUGUGACAGUGGAGAGUCCUUCCUCCUCAGAAAUUGAAGAGGUCGACGAUUCUUCUGAAAGUGUUCAAGAAGAACCUGAGAAAACCAGUUUAAAACAAGAAGCACUACAGGAAAAACUGGAGGAGUGCCUAAAACAGUUAAAAGAAGAAAGAGUAAUAAGGCUUAAAGCUGAUAAACGAGUCAGUGAGCUGGAACAUGAGAACGCCCAGUUAAGAAAUAUAAACUUCUCUUUGUCUGAAGCCCUGCAUGCACAGUCAUUGACAAACAUGAUCCUGGAUGAUGAAGGUGUUCUGGGCAGCAUUGAGAAUUCUUUUCAGAAGUUCCAUGCUUUCUUAGACCUUCUUAAAGAUGCUGGGCUUGGGCAGCUUGCCACAAUAGCUGGUAUAGAUCAGUCAGAUUUUCAUUUACUGGGUCGUCCCCAGAUGAAUUCUACCAUUAGUAGUCCGCCUAAGGACGAAAAAAAGGCACUUGAAGAAGAAAAACCAGAAUCAAAGCAGAACCCCUUAGGACAGAUGCAAAAUAUCCAGGUUUCUAUUUGUAUGCAGUCAGCUUACAAUGAAGGAACACUAAUGAAGUUUCAGAAAAUUACAGGUGAUGCUAGAAUUCCUUUGCCUCUCGACUCUUUCCGUGUCCCUGUUUCCACUCAGGAGCCCUUAGAAACUUCUAGAGACAACCUGGGAGUCCCAGUCAGUGAGCAGCGGCAGGACUCUAUCAAAGAAUUCAUUGCAAGAACAUGUUCUCCUUCAGCAGAUGUGAUGUCUGGAACUGGAAGCCAAAAAAAAGAAGAUGAAUUGUCUAGAAAUAGCAGAUCUUCUUCAGAGAAAAUGACCAAAACAGAAUCUCAUUGAAAUGACUGGAGAAAAUUAAAAGUAGAUUAAUAGAGCUGGAAAACCAGAAAAUGAACAGUGUGGAUUUCCUAGAAGAUAAAAAGCAGAUUAUUGAAGGAUCAGUUAAUUAAAGAGUGAAACAGCCAAGCCAUUCUGCACACCUUUGAAGCACCUAAUUCUGGAGUUUACCACCAAGCUAAGGCUAAGAAAGCAGCUCUUUGAGGUAGGAAUUCUGAUGCAGGACACAGUCCCCGUGGAUUGGAGAAAGUGCUAUCCAGAUGACUACAAGGAAGAAAUGAUAAUCAGCUGCUCACCCACUCACUCUGGUUGUGGUGACCAGCCACUCCCUUUCUAAUCACCAGAGGCACCUAGGAUCAGAGUUUGUGUUCACUGAAAGUGAAACGAUUAUUUGGCUGAGGAAAACCACGUCAGACUGUAACCUUAGGUCGGCAUCUAUAAAUGUGCCAAGAAGCAUCAGAUUUGAAGAAAACCAGUAGCGUAAAAGGAAACGCCAAAUUAAAACAAAUUAACCUGCCUAAGAAAGUAGUAGAAGAAACAAGAAAUUUAAAAAUUAACAGGAUUAAGGUCUUCAGAGAGGCAUAAGGAUACUGUAUCCAUCAAGAAUAAGAUGCUAGGAAAAAAAUACUUAGUUCCUAGAAAUUAAAAAUAGGAUUAUGAAAAAACACUCAGAAGAUGGGUCGAGCUGAGCUUAAAUCCAUGAAAGGAAGAUUUAAGAGAUGCCCCUAACAUGCCCUACAAAGGGAGGAUAGGUAAAUAUUCUGAAAGAAAAAUGUGAGUCUUCCACCAACUCAGGCAUAUAGUAAUUGCACAAAUAGUAAUUGAUUGGCAUAUAGUAGGUACACAAAUACUUGUGGAAUUGAUGAGACAACACAGAUUUCAGUAUCAGACUUCUUGUUGAACAAUUAAAAGAAAUUUUUCGCUAAGAAUUACUAAGCAAACUGAACAGUGAAUCCAUGAUAAGAUUUUAAAUCAACCCAUGAUGCCAUGGGACAUGCCAUUCCCCUUUAUAAUCAUGAAAUACCUAUAUCAGAUAAAGACUAUUUGACUAUUAAUGCAUAUGGGGAAAUAAAGUGAGCUCCAUAUCACCCUCAGCAAGGAAGCCAGCUGACAAAGCAUCACUAUUUAGAAUAUUGCUGCUUGCAAGACCCCAGGAAAAAGAGUGAGGCAAUGUUCACUGACUUAAAGCUUCAGCACACAUGCUUCUCACAUGUCAUUAGCCAAAGUGUUACAUGCCAUGCCUGAGUUCAACGCAGUGUGGACUUAUUAUGUGCCAAGACAAGGAAAGAGAAGUAAGUAUAUGUCAACAAAUUUUAAUAGCUACCAAUUACCAGGAACAGGGGGUGGAAUUUAAAAAUCCAAGGGAAUUCAGGAAAGAAACAGCUUGGCAGUGUCUCUAAACAUUAAACAUACCAUUUGACUGAGCCAUCACUCCUGGGUGAUUACCCUAAAUAGAUGAAAACUCGAGUUCACAUAAAAACCUGUACUUGAAUGUUUAUAGCAGCUCCGUUCAUAAUCCCCAAAAUGUCUUCCAACAGGCAUGUGAAUAAGCAAAUGAUAGUGUAUCCACACAUGUAAUAAAAAGGAAUGAAUUACAUUCAUAACAACUCAAUCUCAAAGUCCUAUGCUAAGGGAAAGAAGCCCAGAAGUUACAUACUCUCUGAUUUCACCUAUUGACAUUCUUGAAAAGGCAAAACUAUAGUGAUAGAGGCUAGAUCUGUGGUUGUCAGGUGUUGGGAGGGGGAGGGUUUGAUUACAAAGGGGCUGUGCAAGGGUCUGUGUUUUGGUGAUGGACUUCUGUAUUAUAGUUGUGGUUAUGGGACGCCUUGGUGACUCAGCGGUUAAGCGUCUGCCUUCAGUUCAGGGCGUGGUCCUAGGGUCCUGGGAUCGAGUCCCCCGUUGGGUUUCCCACAGGGAGCCUGCUUCUCCCUCUGCCUAUGUCUCUGCCUCUAUCUGUGUGUCUCUUGUGAAUAAAUAAAUAAAAAUCUUUUUAAAAAAAUCGUGAUUAUGAUUGCGGUGGUGGUAAUAUGAACCCAUACAUAUGUCAAAAAUCAUGGAACUGCAACCCCCUCCGAGUCAUUACUGUAUAAUAAUGUUAAAGCAAAACACUCAGGUCCCACCCCCUCCCACUGAUUAGUUAUCUCAUAAUAUCUUGUAUCCACCAUGAAUACAAAACAUAUUCUUGUGCAAGACCUGUGGAACAUCUAUAAAAAUGAUUGAUAGGAGGGGGAAAAACUUGCAAAAUGCAAAGAUCCUAGAGAUUGUGUUCGCUUUGCAAAUGUAAUAAAGCUAGUAACAAAG